AUGAUGGCGCGCGAGGUGGUGCGCCGUGUACUUGAGGCGCGAGAGGGCAAGCUUGAGGUCGCAGUUCUUUUCUGUGACCUCUCGAAAGCCUUCGACGUAGUCGACCAUGGGUUGCUGAGUUCGAAGCUCCAUCACUACGGUAUUCGAGGACCUGCGCAAGCCCUCAUGUCAGAUUUCAUGAAUAAAAGGACGCAGUAUGUAACGGGACAAAGAGGCACCUUGAACUCACACGGCCUGUCGGCCGCCAUCGGCGUCCCCCAGGGAUCGUCCCUGUCAAAUGUGGUAUUCUCCAUCUUACUUAAUGAUCUACCUAUGGCAGUCAGUGAAGGUGAGGUCUAUAUGUACGCGGACGACGUUGCGGCAAUUGUAACUGCCCCAAGCAUCGAUCAACUAGAAUCGAAGCUAAACCUAGUAGCUGGACAACUUUCGAACUGGUUUGAACAAAACGGUCUCAUACUAAACCUAACCAAAACGCAUUUCAUCCAGUUUGAUUUGUCUGGGCGCAAGCGCCGUCCGUUGCAUGUAGGCCUCGCCGGCGGCACCAUAGACCAGCCAAAACCACCACCAGUCCACACCGAACGAACAGCGCACACUGAGGCACCUUUGAGCAUGUCACAUUUACCGACAGCGGACGGCUCGACCCCGAGGCACGCUCGGCCGAGCCAACGUGCGCCCGAACGGCCCCGAGGCACGUCCACACAGACCGAGCAUUUGGCUCGCGAGGCUGCCUCGCAGGACGCGGGUUCGUUCCGGCCCGUUAUCCUCACGAGCUUCCGCCUAUCGACUAUCGUGGUAGCGCCGCCGCCGCCGUAG